AUGCCCGCCGUGCCGUCGCCAACGCAGGCGUUCGACGACGAGGCAUCGUCCAAACUCACAUUCUACGUCAAUGGGUCACGCGUGCAACUCGACGCGGCUCAGCUCGACCCGGACCUCUCCCUCCUCGCCUUCCUGCGCUCGCAACCCGGGUUGACCGGCACGAAGCAAGGGUGCAACGAGGGUGGCUGCGGCGCAUGUACGGUCGUGAUCCAGUCUGUCCACCCGAGAACGAAUGAACUCCAGCACCUCGCUAUAAACGCCUGUCUCGCCCCGCUUCUUAUCCUCGAGGGCAAGCAUGUCAUCACCGUCGAAGGAAUCGGCAACACCGACAACCCUCACCCUCUCCAAGAGCGCAUGUGGAAGCUCAACGGCUCGCAAUGCGGCUUCUGCACGCCCGGAAUCGUCAUGAGCGUCUAUGCGAUGUUGAGGAAUGCCGCAUACAAGGGCAAGUUGUCAGUCGAGGAUGUCGAGCUUGAGGGAGCGCUCGACGGAAACUUGUGCCGAUGCACCGGCUACGCACCCAUCUUCCAGGCCGUCAAGUCGUUCUGCGGGGAUUACCUCCGCCCGAAGACGACAAAUGGCUACUCGAACGCCUCGGAUGGGACUUCGUCUCCGCCCUCUCUCACCUCCUCGUCCAACUCGUCCGACUCGUCUUCUCCGCCCGCGACGCCGAAGGACGAAGACUUUGUGGUCCCGUUCAACCACGGCGCUGCUGGACUCGAGGAGGGCUUCGAGACGCAGGACACGCGGUGCUGCGGAAAGCCAGAUGCGUGCGCUAAGAACGUCAGCACCGAUGUCUCGCUGCCCGCUCCCUCGGCUCUCGAGAACCCCACGGCGCCACCCAUCGACCCAGUCGCCGGCGGACUCGGUCGUACAGCGCCCGUGGAGCCUUCUCGCCAGGCGCCCGACGCCUCAGCUCUCGUCCACGGUCCUGUCGACUCCUCCAAGCCGAAAGGCUGCGGACGCGCUGACUGCUGCCAGCUCGGCGGCGACAAGAAGAAGGUCGAGACGACCGCUCCGAGCGCCGCCUUCCCUCAGUUCGAGUUCAAGCCCUACCGUCCCUCGACCGAACUCAUCUUCCCUCCCGGCCUGCGCAAACACCCUCUAAAGCCGCUUAAGUUUGGCUCGUCGACGCCGUACAGCAAGACGUGGUAUCGCCCCGUCUCCCUCGACCAGCUCGUCGAGCUCAAGCGCGCGAUCCCCGAUGCGAAACUUGUUGGUGGGGCAUCCGAGGUGGCCAUCGAAGUUGGCAUCAAGGGAUCCGCGUACCCAGCUUGCAUCUACGUCUCCGACAUCCCCGAACUUGCCGGCGUGUCCCUUCCCGACUUCGACUCGCGCGCUCCCUCGCUCGAGUUCGGCGCCAACCUCUCCCUGUCGGACCUCGAGCGCGUCGUGCGCGACUUGAUUGCCCAAGCGGCCGCUGCGCAGACCGGUGCGCUUAAAGCGGUGCGCGACCAGCUUCGCUACUUCGCCGGCCGCCAGAUCCGCAACGCCGCCAGCACGGGAGGCAACAUCGCUACCGCCUCACCCAUCAGCGACUUGAACCCUGUCUGGGCCGCAACGGGCGCCAAGAUCGUCUGCGUCGCGCCGGCAAGUCGGCCGAACGACGGCGAGUUCGAACUCCCGAUGGACGACUUCUUCACCGGUUACAGGCAGACCAAGUUGCCUCAGGACGGCAUCAUACUCCGCGUCGUCUUGCCUAUCCCGCCAAAGAAUCUUGAGCGGGAUGGAAAGUUCGAGGUUGUGAGGGCUUACAAGCAGGCGAAGAGGAAGGACGACGACAUUGCGAUCGUCACGGCGUGCUUGAGCGCCCGGGUCGACGUGCGCGAGAAGAAGAUUGAGGACGUCAAGAUUGCAUUCGGCGGCAUGGCCGCCUACACGAUUCUUGCGAAGAAGACGCAGGACUUCCUCGCCGGCAAACCCAUCAAUGCCGAGACGCUCGACGCCGCCGUCGACAUUCUCGCCUCCGAGUUCGACCUUCCCUACACCGUUCCGGGCGGCAUGCCCUCGUACCGCCGCACCCUCACGCUCUCCUUCCUUUUCAAAUUCUUCGUCGAAGUCGCCAAGCGUGCCGACGUCGUGCUUGAUGGCGUUCGCGAGGAGGACGUGGAGGAAGUCACCGAUUCCAUCCACCGCUCAGUCUCGUCGUCGACUCGCGACAACUCGGACCCGUACGCCCAGACCGUCGUCGGCCACCAAGUCCCGCAUCUCUCCGGCUUGAAGCAUGUCACGGGCGAGGCCGUCUACGUCGACGACAUCCCUCCCUACGCCAACGAAGGGCAGCUCGCGCUUGUCCUCUCGACUCGCGCACACGCCAAGUUGCUCUCGGUCGACCCGUCCGAAGCGCUCGAGAUGGACGGCGUUCUUAGCUUCGUCGACUGGCGCGACAUGCCGUCGAAGAAGGCCAACUGCUGGGGUACUGCAGCGCAAGACGAGUACUUCUUCGCUGAGGACGAGGUGACCUGCCACGGCCAGAUCAUCGGAGCCAUCGUUGCAAAGACGAAGCUCGAGGCUCAGCGGGCGGCGAGGAAGGUCAAGGUCGAAUACGAAGACCUCCCGAUCAUCUUAACGAUCGAGGAAGCCGUCGCAGCGAAGUCGUUCUUCCAGUCGUACGACAGGCGGAUGUCGCGCGGCAAGCCCACCUCGACCGCUCUCGCCGAGUCUGAAUGCACCCUCUCGGGCACGCUCCGCAUGGGAGGUCAGGAGCACUUCUACCUCGAGACGAUGGCGUCUCUUGCGAUCCCCAAGCUCGAGUCGGGCGAGAUGGAGGUCAUCGCGUCUACUCAGGACCCGACCGGUACCCAGCGAUGGGUCGCGCAGGCGACGGGAGUGCCGCGUAACCGCAUUGUGGCCAAGAGCAAGCGGAUGGGAGGAGGAUUCGGAGGAAAGGAGAGCCGUACGGCCAUGCUCUCGGCAAUCUGCGCCGUCGCAGCAAAAAAGCUCCGUCGACCAGUCCGCUGCAUGCUCGAGCGACACGAGGACAUCAAGAUCUCGGGCCAGCGGCAUCCGUUCCUCGUCGAGUGGAAAGUCGGCUUCACCAAGGAGGGCAAGCUCACCGCGCUCGACGCCGACCUGUACGCCAACGGCGGCUACUCGCUCGAUAUCUCGGGAGGAGUCGCGGACCGCGCCAUCGCCCACGCCGACAACGCUUACUACAUCCCGAACGUGGACGUCAGGGCGAAGAUCUGCAAGACGCACACCGUCUCGAACACGGCCUACCGCGGCUUCGGCGGACCGCAAGGCAUGCUCAUCGCCGAGACGUACAUCGAGGCUAUUGCCGCUCAUCUCGGUCUCGACGUCGACACCGUCCGCGAGAUCAACCUUUACAAGGAAGGUCAGGAGACGCAGUACCACCAGGCCGUUGUCGACUGGCACGUCCCUCGGUUGCUGCAGGACUGCAAGCGCGACAGCGACUACGAGGCGCGGAAGAAGGAGGUCGAGCGCUUCAACCAGGAGCACCGCUUCCGCAAGCGCGGUCUCGCUCUGGUGCCGACCAAGUUCGGCCUCGCAUUCGGCGUCAAGGCGAUGAACCAGGGUUCUGCUCUCGUCUCGAUUUACGUGGACGGCUCGGUCCUCGUGGCGCAUGGCGGGACGGAGAUGGGUCAAGGGCUCUACACGAAGUGCGUCCAGAUCGCCGCCGAGGAGCUCAAGAUCCCCCUCGAAGCCGUCUUCACAUCCGAGACCGCAACGAACACCGUCGUCAACACCGUUCCGACCGCCGCUUCGGCCGGCUCCGACCUGAACGGCUACGCGGUGCUCAAGGCGUGCCAGGAGCUGAACGAGCGGCUCAAGCCGUACCGCGAGAAGCUGGGUCCGGAGGCGCCGAUGUCGGCGCUCGCUGCCGCCGCUUGGGGCGACCGGAUCAGUCUGAGCGCAACCGGCCACCAUGCGACUCCGAACCUCAACUAUGUCUGGAACGUCCAGGAGAAGACGGGCGAUCUGUUCCACUACUUCACGCAGGGCGUCGCUGCAGCCGAAGUCGAGCUGGACCUCCUGACGGGCGACUCUACCGUCCGCCGCGUCGACAUCAAGAUGGACGUUGGUCGAUCGAUCAACCCCGCCAUCGACUACGGACAGAUCGAAGGCGCCUUCACGCAGGGCAUGGGCUGGUCGACCAUGGAGGAGAGCUUGUGGGUCCGCAACGGCGCCAUCUUCACGACUGGUCCCGGCGCAUACAAGAUCCCCGGCUUCGCCGACACUCCGCAAGUCUUCAACGUCUCACUCUUGCGCGACGCCGAGUGGCCGAACUUAGGCAGCGUGCACAGCUCGAAGGGUAUCGGAGAACCGCCCUUCUUCCUCGGCUGCUCCGUCGCCCUCGCGCUCCGAGACGCGCUCAAGUCCGCCCGCUCCGACGCCGGCAUUCCCCCUACCGACGUGCAAGAGUUCCGCUACCCUCUCACAAGCGAGCGGUUGCGCAUGGCGGUCGGCGACAAGUUGGCGAAGAAGGCGGAGGUCAAGCCGAAGGAGGGUGAGGAGGGCAAGGGCUUCUUUGUUUGCAUCUGA